CUGUCUAAACCCAUCCAGGUCGGGAUCAGAGCUGCACUCCGAUACAUACUGUAACUCCACUGACCGACGUGGUUCAGGGUGUACAGGUCAAGUCGGAGGAUCACCGUGAAUAAAAUGAAUAAAGCACAAUAACGUAGCUGUGAUAGGAUAAAGGAGCCAUGUUGGUAGAGUCUGGAGCCCAUCAUUUUGUUUUGGUCUCCAGUAAAAUGGCGGCGCUCAUUUCAUUCUAGAGAUUGACAGCCAGAGAGACCUGCUCUCCACGGAGCCGCCAGCGGAGUCUAACGCACGGACAAGCCCUGGCUAUUAAACCUGGCGCCCAAUACUAGCCGCCUAUGAGGGGGCUCCUGGUCACGUGGUACGGUAGCCGCAGGAGCCCAGUAUUUUAAUGUGGUGCGUGAUUGCCAUGGAGGACCUGGCGCGGGGCUGCUGUCCGCGGGGUCGGAGGCGCUAUGGUUUGUGGUCCCGGUUACGAAUGUGCCUAAUCUUCUUGGUUGGAUUGUACAUAGCCAUUCCAUUUUUAGUAAAGAUCUGUCCUGCUAUCCAAACUCAGUUGGUCUUUUUAAAUUUAGUGCGGUUUCCUUAUUUUAUUGAUCUUAAGAGGCCUCAGGAUCAAGGUUUGAAUCACACCUGUAACUUUUACCUGCAGCCAGAGGAGGAUGUAACCAUUGGUGUCUGGCACACCCUUCCUGCAGUUUUAUGGAAAGAUGCUCAGGGAAAGGACCUGGCAUGGUAUGAAGACGUAAUGUCCACUAACUAUCCUGUAAUUCUCUAUCUACAUGGAAAUGCAGGCACCCGAGGAGGUGAUCACAGAGUGCAGCUAUACAAGGUCCUCAGUUCAAUGGGUUUUCAUGUUAUUUCGUUUGACUACAGAGGCUGGGGUGAUUCUGUGGGAUCACCAUCAGAAAGUGGCAUGACUUAUGACGCCCUCCAUGUCUUCGAUUGGAUAAAAGCUCGAAGUGGGGACAACCCAGUCUAUAUAUGGGGACACUCUUUGGGCACUGGAGUGGCAACUAAUUUAGUAAGAAGGCUUUGUGAAAGAGAAACCCCUCCUGAUGCACUCAUUCUUGAAUCUCCGUUUACCAACAUCCGUGAAGAGGCAAAAAGUCACCCCUUUUCUGUGAUCUACAGGUAUUUCCCAGGCUUUGACUAUUUCUUCCUUGAUACGAUUACAUCAAGUGGUAUAAAGUUUGCCAACGAUGAGAAUGUGAAGUACAUAUCAUGCCCUCUGCUCAUUAUGCACGCGGAAGAUGAUCCUGUUAUUCCAUUUCACCUCGGUAGAAAGCUUUACAACAUUGCUGCUCCGGCACGAAAUUUACGGGAUUUUAAAGUUCAGUUUGUUCCCUUCCACAAAGAUCUAGGAUACAGGCACAAGUACAUUUUUAGGAGUCCAGAGCUGCGUCAGAUACUGAGGGAAUUUCUUGGUAGUACAGAACCGCAGCAGUAAUACCACCAGCCUUACGCAGACUACUUUGCUGUCCUUUGGUAUGAAGACCUGUGGACCACCAUGCUUACAUACACUGGGAAAAAACAGAGCUUUGGAUUUGCCACAGCAGUGAAAAUCUUGCUUAAACUUUUCAUUGGGACCUAAUCCAUUCCAGGGUCAUUGAGCUAAAAAAAAAAAAAAACAGUUGAUAAGAUUUUGAGUGUUUUAUCUUUGUGGUUGGACCAUAGUAGUCUACGUACUAGUAGGGGGAAUAAUCUGUACUGUGCAUAUAAUGCAGAGUUGGUAAAAGAACCUGUUUCUCCAUGGCAUUUAGAAGAAUCCACCUAAUGGACUUGCUGCUUCUACAAAAAGUAAUGAUCCAACUGGACAGAUCCGGAAGUCUGAUCUGCCUGUUUUAUCUGCUAUAAAACAGGUGGCCACCAAAAGGAAAAAAAAACAAAAAACUCACGUCUCCUAUCUAUAAUAAUUGUGAGAGCUGCUUUAUUUUGGUGAUUGGGUUUGCACAUGUCAGAUGUCCCAUUAAGAUAUCAUGCAUGCAUUUGGGAUGACAAGUCUCUAAGAGGUUGUUAUUGGCAAAGUCGCUAUCCCAUAUUCGCGUAGCCCCAAGUCAGUUCAUGGGUUUGAAAGCUUUCAAACUUAAUUUUACCCAAGUAGAUGCCUCUGAAAGGUCAUAUCCAUACAUGUGAGCAUGAAAUCUUAUAAGUUGCACGUUUAUUUAUUGUUAAUAUUGGGAAAUUUUACUGUAUACUUUUUUUUCGUGGGGGAGGCAGUUAACGUGAUUUUAAACAGCGGUAAGUUAUGGUGUACAGUUGAUAAGUGUUGGUUAAUGUAAACGGGUCAAAUCAGAAUUGUAAGGCUUUGGAAGUUGGUUAACAAAAACUGCUUGCAACUAAACAACCUAUAACAGGUUUUUGUAAAUUGUACUUUUAAUUUCAACAUGCCACCUUGAUGGCAAUGGCCUCCCACAAAAUGCCAUAUCCUGAAUUAGUACAUUUCACAAGUCUGAAGCAUCUAACAAGAUACAAUAUUCAAUGCCCAUGACAUUAUCUUUAACAAACAUCAACAUUUUGUAUACAGACCUUGUAUGUGUUUCCUAUGGGUGGAGGGGAACACUUCUACAGCACUGAUGCACUGCACUAUUCUAAACUUAGAGGUCCAAAUGCAGUGUUCAUAUUGACAAUAAAUACUGCAGCUAAUAGCUUUUAAACUAUGAAGAAAAUGUGUUGCAUACUUUGUACCAUAUGAACGGACAACGAAAUGAUUUCUGGCUGUUUAAAGUCUCAUAUCUUUCUACGCUGCAAAAAACUUAUUCCAUCAGAUUUCGUUCUUGCAAGCCUCCCUCUUGCUGCUGUUGAUCCAAAUGUUUUCCAGUUUUUUUUUUCCAAAGGAGAAAAAAAGCAAUUGGAUUAGCAAGAUUUGUCUAUUAAAAGUUAUAUAUUCUACUUUGCUAACACAUAUAGCCCCAUAAUUAAGGCAUGCAUAGAAUCUGAUGGAAUAACCUAUCUAGAUAGUGAAUACCUGUAUCUUUUUUUUUUUUUCUUUUUUCUUUCUAAAGAAGAAUUGAGCUGCUGUAGUUUGGGACGGGGCAAACCUUCCCUUAAAAAUAUCAAUAGAUGAUCUUUUGUUCUUUUUAUUGACCCUGUAUGUUUGCGUAAUGUUUUGGGUUCAUUUUUUUUUUCACUCAAUAUUGCACUGCAUAAUCAAGGAUUUAUGAAGAGGAAGAUUUAUUGAUUUAGAUUAAUUUGAAAAUACCAAGACCUGGAGGGUGUUCUUCAAAGUGUUUAAAAAAUACAAUUUAAAAGUGGUCAAAAGUACUAAAAGGGAGGCAAACACCAUGGGAAUCAGUGGGACCAGUAGGUGUAUGCAGUUGGUGACUCCUUCAAUUUACGGCUUUGACCACUUUUUAGAAAACACUUUGAUAAUCUCUGUUUUUAAUAUGCCCUAAAUUAAAUAAAUGUGUGUGUGUGUGUUAACCUUUUAAACCUGAGUUAGUGUAGAAAGAAAAGCUGUAUGUACAAAUACAGCCACUAAAAAGUAACAAUAAAACGCAUAAUGUUAGACACACUUAAACUCAUAGUACUGUAUUUACUAAAUAUAAAAUUGUGAUUUUAUUUUAUUUGUAUUUAUUUUUUUUGAGGGGGAGGUAGUUAUAAGUAGGGCACUACUCAUCAAGUAAAUGAAAUUUGAAGUCUAUUCUUCCACAUUUGGUAUUCUGUCCCAUGAGGUGCGCAAUUUUACCCCCAGUUUACUUGCGGUUGUUACUGUAUUCUGGUGCCUAUUAGACAGUCACCAUGUCACUUCUGUGUUGUCUUAAUUCUUAACUUUUUUUUAUUUUAUGUUUCUAUGGCACUUUAAAUUUUUUUAUUUUUUUAACAGACUGGUUAAUUCCUUUUGUUUUUUUUUUUAUCUUGAGUGAUAGAAUAUUGAUUAAUUGCAUCUCUCUCCCUCCUUCCUAUGUGUAUAUUCUUAAAAUCUAACUAAAAUAGUGCAGUAAUUGGUGGAAGACUAGCACAGCCCACAUGCGCUAACUUUGCCGUUGUAUUUUGCAAAGGUUGCAGUUCCUCUUAAAGAUCAGUUGAUACAAUCGUUUUGUUCCUCUUAAAAAAUCUUAAAUAACUUUGCACCACAAGUGUUUGUUUUCCUUUAUUCUGAUUAUCAAUGUCUUUUAGGACAUAAGCAAAUAAAAGGUUAUUUUCUGGACUAAUAAAAUUAUGUCUAGCUCAGUCAGCAUAGACCUUUAUUAUAUUCAAUGGUUGUCCUUUCCCAGCUAAAUAAAACAUGGUUGCAAUGGUAGAAUUGGAAUCCUUAAGUCUCACCAUGACCAUAUUUUGGUGGUUUGUUGUGGAUCACUCCAAACACCUAAAGUACUUUAGCUUGCUAAAGUGAUUUGUGUGAAGUGUGUCCUCUUUCUUUCCAUUUUACAGAGAGUGCGUAUUUUAGGUAAUUGAAAUCUGGGUGCAGUAAAAUAAUUUAGUGGGGAAUGGAGAUCUGUAUACAGUGGUGAUGUGGAAGGUUGCAGUUGACCUACAUUAUAAUAUCUGGUUAGCCAGUCUGUUUUAAUGUUACUUUCUUGCUGUCAUCGUGCAAUUUUGACAUCCCAAGCAAAAAGGUAAGCAUAUUAUGUGUUUAUGGAACUCUGAAUGAUUGUCACAAGUCAGCGUACUAUAACAAGUGCUGCAAGCAUACACAUUGCUGUGUGUACUAGACAUGUGAAGAAUGUUAUGUGGGGUUUAAACACAUAACACACAACACCGACAAUAAUGAAUACAGACCAUGUCACACUCUAUACUAAGCAGUGAAAAAGUUUUGAUAUCCUUUUCGAAAUCCAGUAAACCGAUUUGAGGUUACAUUUAUUGGUUUGCACUUUGUGAAUUGGUUUAAGUUGGCCUCCAAACUAAAAAAUAAAUUACUUAAGCUUGCUGGCAGUCCUCUAGCAUUGGUCCUUGUGCUUGUUGGCCUACAGCAGUUUAGGCAUUUGCUAAUUAAGGAAGAGAUCUUUUUUCACGAGUUUUUAUUUACUUUCUAAUAACCAUUUACAGAGCACAAGGUCAGGCCUUUAAACAUGUUUGUUUAUGAUCCAAAGUUAUUUUCAUGGGAUAUAAAGUACUUGCAUACUUUUCACAAACUGAGAAUAAGCUUAAUCAGUGUUUCAAGAUUAAAUGUGUUCUCCAAAGAACCCUUUUUUUAAUUCCGUAUCUAAACCAAUACGUUUUUAAUGCCAAGUAAUUCCUGCUGACCUGGCAAAGGCUCUGUUGGAGCUGAAACAUUGUCUUGAUAGAUGACCAAUAAACCGCAUUUUAGCCACAGGGUGCGGGACUAAUGUUUCUUGUGCUGCAGCUGCUUGAGAUGUUUUACUUAUGUCACAAACCUCAUUUGUGCAUCUCUAGUGUACCGGUUUGAUAAAACACAAUCUUUAAAUGAACACUCCAGGCUCACUAACCACUACCGCCUGCUGUAGUGGUUAUGGUGCAACUGCUCAGCCCAGCAAUAAGAUCUUAAAUAAUUUUUAGUAUGCUUUGACAUUUGCAUUGGUUGUGUCCCCUCUAUCUGGUCUUCUCCAGCAAGAAAAUCUAAAGAACAAGGCGGGCCAUGCAGGACUGCGUUCAUUGUCUGAGAGGGUGUAGCGAGCAUUGACGUGGACAUGGUGCUUCGCGAGUUCCAUUUAGUGAAUGUUGGCCAACUGCCAUGCCCAUAGGUCAUGUAAAACUCAUUUUACAAUCCCAGUAGAAUCUCUAGGACA